AUGAUUCGCAAUACUCUCUUCAGUCUGCUUGCUAUUGCGAGCACCAGCACCGCUGCUGCAAUCAAGAAAUGUGACAACUCAACCGGAUCUCUUCGCGUGGAGAACUUCCUUAACCCGGCUCAAUCACUGGAUGUUGUCUCAUCUCUGAUCAUCGGCUCUGAGGCGGCAGUCAUCAUCGACCUCCCACUUGCUGUUCCACAGGCAGAUGCCCUCGCCCAAUGGGUCAAAAACACCACGGACAAACCCCUUGUGGCCGCCUUCUCGACUCACAGCCAUCCAGAUCAUUACCUCAGCGGAGCUGCCUUCUUGGCCAAGUUUCCAGAAACAAAGUACUACGCCAACUCGAAAUCUGUCGAAUUGAUCAAGGGUGAAGCCAAUUCGAAGAUACAACAAUGGAAAGGAAUCCUAGGCGAAGAUAGCAUUGUAGACAACGUCACUCUUCCUACACCAUACGACUUCACAUUCUUCGCCCUCCCCGGAGACGAAGCAACACCCAUAUACCUAGUUAGCCCUGUUGUUGGUGACACCAUCGACGAGACCGCUUUCUGGAUCCCGUCAAUCUCGACCGUCAUCGUCGGAGACUUGGUCUACUCUCGCACCAUGCACUUGUGGGUAUCUGACUCGUUGACAACCGCCCUCAGCGAAGCCUGGCUAUCCACCCUCGACUUCAUCGAGUCUCUCGGCGCAAAGCGAAUCAUUCCCGGACACUCCCUGACUCUCGAAGACUUCGACGCCACCACAGACCUGCAGCACACUCGAGACUACGUGACAUUCUUCAAGGACGAGGUCCAAGCCAAGGGCGAAGACGCCUUUACUCCCAAGGAGAUCUUCAGCCUCAUUGACAACAAGUUCCCCGGCCUUCUUUCAAACGAGUCUACUACCUCGGCUACUCUUCUCAAUAUCACUAGCGAACAGUUUGGCAAGGACGGAACACGCCAAGCUCAUUUCACCGACUUCACGGCCUUCAACAAUCUCACUGAGCUCAAUGGAUGGCAGUUGACCAAUGCGUAAAUAUGAUGACGG